CUUGCGUAUCAACUGUUAACGGAACAGUAUUGUUUAAUGUUUACGAUCGUUCAGCUUGACUGCGCCGUCUGAUCUGGACGCUUCAUCUAAACGCCUCACCACAUAUACAGCGAAAGGCGUGGACGCACUGUGAAAUAACCAAAGUAUGUCUCGAGAGCAGAAAGCAGUGGAUCGUGCCAGGAAGGCCUUCCUCACCGGCCGGAGCAAAUCACUGGAGUACCGCGUUACCCAGCUAAAAAACCUGCUGCGUUUUGUCAGAGAACGACAGAGUGAAAUCGCAGAGGGUCUCAAAAAGGAUCUCGGAAGGAGUGAGGGUGGAACUCCUUUGUAUGAGACUCUGGGUCUGGAAAGUGAGAUUAACCUGGCUGUGAAAUAUCUGAAAGAAUGGGCAGCUCCUCGACCCGUGAGCAAGAGCAUGAUGACCAUCUCAGACCAGGUCUACAUCCAGCCUGAGCCUCUGGGAGUAGCGCUGGUCAUUGGGGCCUGGAACUACCCUUGGGCAGUCACCGUCGGGCCCCUCAUAGGAGCUAUAGCAGCAGGAAAUGCAGCUGUAAUCAAGCCAUCUGAAGUCAGUUCUCACACUUCUAAAGUAAUGGAGGAUCUCUUACCGCUUUACCUGGACAAAGAGCUGUAUCCUGUAGUCACCGGUGGGGUGACAGAGACCCAAGAGUUGCUCAAGCAGCGGUUUGAUCACAUCUUCUACACUGGAAACGGCACAGUGGCUAAAAUCAUCAUGGAGGCUGCUGCUAAACACUUAACCCCUACCACUCUGGAGCUGGGCGGAAAGAGCCCGUGCUACAUCGACAACAACUGUGACCUCGCCAUUGCCUGCCGGCGUAUUGCGUGGGGGAAGUACUCAAACUGUGGUCAGACCUGCAUUGCCCCGGACUAUAUACUGUGUGACCCCAGUAUGCAAGACAGAGUGAUUGAAGAGAUCAAGAAGAAUAUUAAAGAGUUCUAUACCGAAGACCCCAAAAAAUGUCUGGAUUACGGACGCAUCAUCAAUCAGCGCCACUUCAAGAGACUGAUGGCGUUGUUGGAGGGCAGCACCAUCGCUGUGGGCGGUGAAAACGACGAGUCGGAGUGCUACAUUGGUCCAACAGUUUUAAGGGACGUGAAGCCGGAUGCCAAGGUGAUGCAGGAGGAGAUCUUCGGCCCUCUGUUGCCCAUCCUGACAGUUAGCGGUGCAGAUGAAGCCAUCAAAUUCAUCAACCAGAGAGAGAAACCCCUUGCCUUGUACAUCUUCACUUCAGACAACAAGUUGAUCAAGCGUAUGAUUGCGGAGACCUCUAGUGGUGGAGUGGUGGCCAAUGACUGUUUGAUGCACUUCUCAGUAAGCUCUUUGCCUUUUGGUGGAGUUGGUCACAGUGGGAUGGGCCAAUAUCAUGGCAAGUACGGCUUUGAUAACUUGAGCCACUUGCGUGGCUGUCUAAUCAAACAGUUGAAGAUGGAGGGGGUGAAUAAGAUGCGUUACCCACCACAUACAGCAGAUAAGCUGGGCUGGGCACGCUUCUUCAUCCUCAAACAUGUCGACUUCGGCAGCCUGGGCCGCAUGGCGCUGGUGGCUCUGAUGGCUGUCUUUGUUGCAGUGAUUUUACAGAGAUACUUUACUGACUAAGAAUGUGAAUAAUAUGAAGAAAUCUUACCUCCACCCUGAACACACAGCCACACAAGACCUUGGACAGAAGGUUGGCUAACUCCUACUGAAGUGCUGCUUCCCUCAUUUGCCUUAAUUUUAUUAUCAUGGUCGUGAUUAAUUUCAUUAUGACAAUUAAUUCAUCAUUAUGACAAUGCUGCAUUUUUGUCAUUUAAACCAACAUACAAUUUUAAUACUAAUUAUUGUGAUAUCUGGAGCACUUUAAUCAGUGUCUAUUUUAGAAUACACUCUUUUAAUUAAGCUCAAAGACCCUUGCCAUCCUGUCCAUCGUGUCUGGGAUGUUUUUUUAAUUAAGGAAAUGAAGGUCUCUCAGAAUAGAAUGAUUUUGUUUCUUAUGCAAUAGAAAAACACAUAACUUAUAAUAUUUGCUAUUUUGAAGAAGUCUAGCAUUUUGAAGAAAUGCACAUUUCAAACAGAGUCCAAGGGCCAGUUUUACUAACAGCUUGCACCAGCGCAAACCGUCUUUUGGCAUUAAAAUUAUACUGUCAGGUUUUACUAAAGACGCGCAGUGAAGAGUUAGCGAUGAAAAGGCGUGGGCACAGUUAUUUUUGCGCCUGACCUUAUUGAAUAUGAAUUUGUAGGAGUUUCCCUUUCAGACGCAAAAUUUAUGGGAGGAGAGUAUUCAAAUGAAUCACACAACGCGUUUUACUAACGUUUGCGCUCGUCAAAUUACUGGUAUUUGCGCCAUUAUUUAACGCCCAAAAAAAGCAUGUCUUAAACUACUUUGCACUUGAAAUGGCUGCAAUUAUUGUUGCUAGGAGGAGAGUAUUUUUUCCAAACGUAUUAAUUUAUUUUGAAUGCCAGAAGAAAACAUUAUCCGAACAUACCGUUUGCCAAGCCAUGUUAUUUUAAUAUGCUUCAGAAAAUAAAAGACGACUUGGAAUUUUUACUUGGACGACUUGGUCCAUCAAAACUUCUAGCAAACCUUCAUUUUUGGCCUCCGGUUCUUUUUGAUGUACUGUGGCUUCUUUAUUUCUUUAUCCUUUAUUCGCGACUAGCCAAUUUGUGCUGCAGAAAUCUUUCCUCCCAUCGGCGCUGUUUUGGAAUUGCGCUCUAGCGUUAAUUUGUUUAGUAAAACUGGCCCCAAAUGUGAGUUUUGUGAACCGUUAGCAUAAGUUUUUAUGCUGCAGUUAUAUGGUUCAGUCAGAUUUAUGAAGAAUUGUUUCAUGUGAAGAAAAUAUUGUUGGAAAUACAGAAUAUGUAGUUAUUUUAUAUUUAAAUAAAUUGUUUACUCAAAAAUGAAAAUUCCGUCAUCGUAUACUUACCUUCAUGAUUUCUCAAACCCGUUUGUAUUUCCUUUUUCUAUGAGACAAGAUGAAGAAAUUUUGAAAGGUAGUUAUGCUGCUCUUUUUUCAUACAAUGCAAGUGAAUGGGUUCUGCUAUACAACAGGGUGAGUGCCAAAAUUACGGUCAACUAUUCAUUGAAAAAAGCAGACCAACUACACUAUGUAAUAUUUCUGCAAAUAUUCCUACAAUACACAUGACAACAUUUCAGUCUAUGCAGAAAUUUGUAUGCUCUCUAUCUGAAGGAUCUAUGCAUUUCCAUUAGUCCUAACAUACUGUAUGUGUCUUAUAAUACUUCCAUAGAUAUAGAAAGACUUUUAUGACAUACAGAAAUCAUUUUUAAUGCAACAAUAAACUUGUUUUUACACA